AUGGAGAACCACAGGGCAAGCCAUGAGCGGGUCCAUCAGCAUCAUCAUCAUCAUCAUGAACAACAAGAGCCUCCUCCUCUGCCGUCAUCGUCCGAUACCACCACCACCACCACCACCACCGUUCAUGGACCACAGGGCACCACCACCACCACCACCACCACCACGGAUGGACAUGGAACUGUCCACACCGACUAUGGCGCGCAAUCAACUACCUUCACAUCUCCCACAUUGACUACCACUGCGCACAUGCCUGCGACCGGUCGCAUAUCGCCGAACCCGCCCACUGCAAACUCGUCGAGAACGGCUAGUCCUGCGAUCCGAAUUCGACGGCCAGCAAGUGGCGAAGGUCUUCCUCAUCCGCACCCUGAGCCAACACCAUCUGCUACCUUAUCGCCUGAAGACACCAUACAGGCCGGCCGCAGACGAAGUAGUUCAGAGCCGCGACCGCCCUCGACAGCCAUAUUCCACGAUGAUCCCUUACGGCGGCAGGUCACGGCCUCGCAUCCCGUGCUACAGCCUCUGUACGAGGAGAGAUCGAGUGCAGGAAACCUCAUACCAGGACAGGCCCCACCACCGGCGCGGGGACCCCGUCCGAGGCGCAUGCCCCUAGAUCGACAGCUAUCUGCCAUCAACAUCCGGCGAAAGGACCACAAGUCUCAGCAUGCCCAUGAGAAUACCAUGGGUCACAGUGUCGUCGACGUGCUCGAUGUCAUAGAUCCUGAGAUAUCAACCCUCACCACAUUGAACAAUGUCCAAAACUCGCUCUUCCUCCCCAACCUUCCAUGGCUCUACAAUCGCCAACCUACAUACGACCUUGCUCAAUCACCAACCAGCUCUUCGUCUGACGAAGAACUGGGCACGGUAGGUGAUGCCCGAGGGGGGGGAGGACAACUCCAAGACAGGACCGAGCCGGACGAGGCCGAACAAGGCGCCCGAGCACGCCUCUCCCGUACAAACACCAUUGACUCGAUCCUCUCCACCAUGGACGAAGGUCCCGGUCACCACUACGCCGUCCUCCCCCACGGCGCCUCCCUCCAAGGCUGGAGCGACGAAGAAAAGGCCGCGCUGGACGACCAUGUACGCCACCUUCUGCACUCCAAACGCGCACAAUUCAAACGCACAAUGCGCGGCUUUGGACGCUACAUGCGCAACCCACUUGGCUUCAUCGUAACCCUCUACUUCUUCCUCAUCACCUUUUGGGGCGCCGCAUGGGUUCUCUUCCUCAUCGGCUGGAUCUACGUGGGCGGCCGACAAGACUACUUUGUCGAAAUCGCCGACCAGAUCCUCACGGCUCUCUUCUGCGCCGUAGGCAUCCCCAUGUUCCCCUUCCGCAUCGUAGACACCUACCACAUGUCCUUUGUCGCCUACUACGCCCACCGCACCUGGCGGCUGCGCAAAGAACGCGGCCUCGGCGCCCUAAAAGACCACAACGAACUACCGAGCAUGCCGCAGUCAUCCGCCUGGGAAACAGGCGAAGCCGAAGACCAAGGCCUCGAAGUCCCCGUCCUCAGUGCGCCCGAGCAAAAAAAGCUAGAACACCACCAGGCCAAACUGGCAAAAUCCCACACGUUUUACCGCCCCCACGAAACCUACACCCACCACGCCUUCUCCAUCCGCCUCCUCAUCACCAUCAUCGUCCUGCUAGACUGCCACUCCAUGUUCCAGUGCGCCCUCGGCGCCACCACAUGGGGCAUCUACUACAAGGACCGACCCAAGGAACUCACGGCCAUUAUCCUCUCCUUCAGCCUCACCUGCAACAUCACCGCCGGCAUCCUCAUUGGCUGCGGCGACAAGCGCAGCCGCAAGAAGCUCGUUGUCGAGCAGAUUCUGCGCCAGGAAAUGACCGAGGAGGCGCUGCGCAAGUGGAGCAAGGAAAAGGGUCUCAAGGCCAAAGGCGUGCUCAGUCGCAAGCAGAGGGAGAGGCAGCGGAUUGCUAUCGAGGGCCAGAAGAAGAAUCCGCUGGAUACGAUUUUGCAUCGUGGGUAG